AUGAUGGGCUUUAGGAGCAUGUCUAUUGGCCCUUUUCAGUUUGAAAUCAUUGAUGGGAAGGAUAUCAUGGUUACAGACAUGUAUGGACCGACGCUGGAUGAGUUCAUCUACUCUAGGAAUAUCAUCCAUGGCAAUCUAAACCCCCUAUUAUUUGUGUUUGGUUGUGCAGAAUGGCAAAAGCAGCAGGUCAUCCUGGUUGAUCUUGGGACUGAAGUUGUACCAGCUCCCAUGGUUUGCAAUGAUCUUCAGGCAAUCAGCUGCCUUCUAUUAUAUUUUUAUAGUCUAGAGACCACUGUACCUGUCUUGAUGAGGUUUUCGGCUGUGGUUGCUUCGCAUAUCUUCUAUGAUGCAUAUCAUGGCAUAGUCCUAUAUCUUGAGAUUGCAAUGAAUCUGAGAGGCCCGCAAGCUAUGGGGGACAGUAAGGUGCUGAGAAUGGGUGCGCUUGCUGGGAAGAAGACUAUAGAUCUCUUUAAAAGUCUCGGCUCUGCUCUCUCGCAUAUUGGGCAAUUGAUGUGGUUAGAGUUACUAGAUGUCCUUGAGGAGAAGAGAAUGCAUGCAAUGGGUGUAUAUUAUCUGCCAAACAGGCUCUGGAGAGACCUAUGCUGGUUCCUUAAAGUGACCGCUAACCUACCUAGAUCUCUCCAACUUUCAGUAACUGCUAAACUUUACCACUAUUUAGUAGUACUGUAUGAAGUCAUCCCAUUGUAUAGGUUAUACUGGGUUAAAUAUCUUCUGUUUCUAGCCCAUAUAAGGAAAGAUCUGGAGCCUGCUUGCGGAAAGCCUGCAUGGACUUAG